UUGAAGACAAUUUAGUGUUACAAUUCCAGAAUACUCGAAUAAAAAUUUAAAACAUUCAUUAAAAGAAGACGUAUUGUAUAAAUAAAGUAAUAGAAUUUAGAUUCGCAAGUACAUUUUUUUUUUCAUAAUACAAUAAGUAUUUGAUUUUAAUAUUUAUUAAAGAGAAGAAUCAUGUUCUUUGAGAAAUUAAAUCACACUUUAUUUGCCAGAAAUUCUUGUUUAAUUCUUUCUCGUUGUAAACACGUACAAGCGGCUCGUUAUAAACGUUCAAUUAAAGGAAACAAGCCAUUGACUUAUGAAAUGGCUGGUCCGCCACACACAAUUGCUCAUAUCAAAAGUUGGAAUUCAUGGAAUACAUGCAAUAUGUUGGAUGGUUUAAGACCAGCUGAAACAGCAAUAGAAGAUGAGUUUAUUCGUCGAUUCAUUGUUGGUACCUGGCAUGAUUUAAUUGCCUCAGAAAUUAUCAUUAAACGCCAACACAACAUAAUUAGAAUUGCUGCUAUUGCUGUACAGAAAAUCAGUGUGACUAAAAUGUAUUUUUUAAUUGGUUAUACAGAGGAGCUUUUAAGUUAUUGGUUGCAGUGCCCCAUCAAAUUAGAGUUUCAAACUGUUGAAGAUCGUAAAAAUGUUGUCUUUAAAUACAUUUAGGUUUAAUUUUAAUAGAUUUUCAUCCAAUACAAUGAGAUAUUGGAAAAAAAUUUCUUCUUAUUUAGUAUUUUGUGCAAAACUAAAUAUAUUAUAGUGAUUGUUGUUUAUAUUAUUUUCUUGUGUUAUAUAACAUAUAAGUCAAUUUAGGAAAA